GCGACCCCGGAAGUGGGUCGGGGGCUUGGCCUCUGCCCGGCCUCGGAGCCGGCGCGGGAGGUGUAACCCCGGAGGGGUCCGGCCGAGCGAUCCCGUCCAGCGGCGGACCCUAGGCAGGGCCCGGGCCGGGGGUCCAGGAUGCUGAACAUCCCUUCCCAGUCUUUCCCAGCCCCCCGCUCGCAGCAGCGCGCCGCCUCCGGGGGGCGUAGCAAGGUACCUCUAAAACAGGGCAGAAGUCUUAUGGAUUGGAUUAGACUGACCAAAAGUGGAAAGGACUUAACAGGAUUAAAAGGCAGGUUAAUUGAAGUAACUGAAGAAGAACUUAAAAAACACAACAAAAAAGAUGAUUGUUGGAUAUGCAUAAGAGGGUUUGUUUACAAUGUUAGCCCAUAUAUGGAGUAUCAUCCUGGUGGAGAAGAUGAAUUAAUGAAAGCAGCAGGCUCAGAUGGAACAGACCUUUUUGAUCAGGUUCAUCGUUGGGUCAAUUAUGAAUCCAUGCUGAAAGAAUGCCUGGUCGGCAGGAUGGCAGUGAAACCUGCUGUUCCCAAAGACUAUCAUGAGGAAAAGAAAGUCUUAAAUGGCAUGCUUCCCAAGAGCCAAGUGCCAGAUGCACUUGCCAAAGAAGGCCCGGUUUCUCCAAGCUAUGACUGGUUCCAAACAGACUCUUUAGUCACCAUUGUCAUAUAUACUAAACAGAAGGAUGUCAAUUUAGACUCAGUAAUAGUUGAUCAUCAGUAUGAUUCCUUUAGAGCAGAAACUAUCAUCAAGGAUUAUUCAUAUCUUAUACAUAUUGAGCUAAGCCAUGCGAUUCAAGAAGAUUUUUCUGUGCGGGUUGUUGCAAAUGUGGGAAAGAUAGAGAUUGUCCUAAAGAAAAAAGAGAAUACUUCUUGGGAAUGUCUUGGUCAUCCCCUGGAGAAUCAUAAUUCACUUAUUCCAAAGAAAGAUACAGGUUUGUACUACAGAAAGUGCCAGUUAAUUUCCAAGGAAGAUGCCACUCAUGAUACGAAGCUUUUCUGCUUGAUGCUGCCACCAAGCACUCACCUUCAGGUGCCAAUUGGGCAACAUGUUUACCUCAAGCUAACUAUUGCAGGUACUGAAAUAGUGAAGCCAUAUACACCUGUAUCUGCUUCCUUACUCUCAGAGUUUAAGGAACCAGUUAUUCCCAAUAAUAAAUACAUCUACUUUCUGAUCAAAAUCUAUCCUGCUGGACUCUUUACACCAGAGCUUGAUCAUCUUCAGAUUGGAGAUUUUGUUUCCGUAAGCAAUCCUGAAGGCAAUUUUAAAAUAUCCCAGUUCCAAGAAUUGGAAGAUCUCUUUUUAUUGGCAGCUGGAACAGGCUUCACACCAAUGGUUAAAAUACUGAAUUAUGCUUUGACCAAUAUAUCCAGUCUCAGGAAGGUGAAGCUGAUGUUCUUCAAUAAAACAGAGGAUGAUAUAAUUUGGAGAAGCCAAUUGGAGAAAUUAGCAUUUAAAGAUAAAAGAUUUGAUGUUGAAUUUGUUCUCUCAAAACCUACUUCUGAAUGGAAUGGGAAAAGGGGACACAUUUCUUUAGAUCUUCUUUCUGAAUUUUUGAAAAGAAGUUCAGACAAAUCCAAAGUUCUCAUCUGCAUUUGUGGACCAAUGCCAUUUACAGAACAAGGAAUGAGGAUGCUGCAUGAUCUUAACUUUUCCAAAGAUGAGAUCCAUGGUUUUACUGCAUAAUGAAGAGCUGUCGUCUUUUACUCAACUGUUUUAUCUAAAUUUGUGAUGGCUUAGGGUUUUUUUAAGACAACAUUUUUGUAUAUACUAAGAGGUUAACCGGACUCCAGGCUUGUUUCUUAAAUGAAAUCAAAUGUUCCGUCACUAUGGAAAACCUGUUGACUUUAUUUUAUACCAUAACUUAUUUUACUACUGAUAUUUGACCUGGAAAGUCAAUCAUGACAACAGACACAUGCAGGUUGUUUGUUGAGUCACAAGGUUUCUUACCGUUUAAAUUGUCUCACUGUUCUAUGAUGAGCUCUUGUGUUUUAUGACAUGAUAAAGUAAAUGAUCAUUUGGAUCAUGUUUCUAUGC